AGGGCCCGCCCCCUCCCCCCGUACCGGCGGGAGGCAGCGGGCAGCUCGCGGGGCUGCGGCACCCACCGAGGGGCCCGCACCCCGCAACACCACCCCGCACCGGGAUUCCGCAUCCCGCACCGCGCCGGGGGUCCGCCGCGGGACCCCCACUGCCAGCCCGUCCCGCACCGGGACGCCGCGCCGGGACCCCGCGCCGGGACCCCGCUCCGCCGUUGGGGUACCGGCGGUGCCCGGGGCGGAGCGGAGCGGAGGCAGGUGGAGGAGAAGGGGUCCUCUUGGCCCCACCGCCCUGCCAGAGAAGGGGAGGCUGAGGAAAAGCUCCAGUUGAUCUUUCCCAGCAGUGCAGUGAAGCCCAGGACACAGCGGAGAGCAGCUGAACUGCGACGGGGCGACGCCGUCCUGCUGCGUGCCUGGCCCCAGCCCCAUCCCACUGCCAUCAUCGCCGCCGUCUCCUUUGUCCCCUGCCAAUGCUGGUGGGUGGCAGCUGCAUGCUCCAUCGCUGCACUGGCACCCUACGUGUGGGGCCAAGCUGUGGGACCCGCUUUUCCCCACGGGACAGUGGCAAUGGGGGCUGCUCUUUCCGCUGGAGCGGUCGUGGCAAUUUCUUUUAACUGUGUCAUUGCACUGCUCAUUCUCAUCCUUUUCCUCAUCCUCUGCAAGGCCUGCAGGACCCCCUCCUGCCCCAAGAAGAGCCCAGCUUCUGACACAGACGAGGCAAGGAACGAAGAAAAGUACCUGCUGCAGCCCUGAGCUGCUUGAGGACUUAGGUACCCAGCUGUGCUGAAGGAGUCACACUGGUGUGGAUGCCUGCACUGGGACUGGGGCAGUGGAUGGGGCAGGAUGAGAGCAGAGGGGAUGCUGAGCUGCUCGCAAGGGCCGUGACACAGGGCAUAGCCUUUUGCCUGUGUGGUUUUGGUGUGUGAAGUCCCUGCAGAUGCCCACGGUGACCAUGGGGAUGGAGAUACAGCAGCUGGGGAUGUGCUACAGGGACAAUCCUGCCUAUCCCAGCAGCCAGCGAGCACAGCAGGAGCCCUGUCCUCGAGCACACCCUGUGUUCGGGGACAGCCCGUGGGGUCCCCCCAGUCUUCGUGGCCCACGCCAGUGGCCACCGCAUCACAGACCUGAGUGGGGCUGGUCAGGGGCUUGGGGAGGGAAGGCGGUGGGACUGGCAUGGGCGUCCAUCCCCGAGUGAGCCCUGCUGGCAGAAUGGGGUGUAACUAGUCUGGGUGUCUUUCGGGGUGGCCCAAGGGUGCCAUGUGCCCCCAGCAUCAGGACGGCAUUUGGCACCUGUCUGCCCCAGCAGCCAGUUUAAUGAGCCACAAGAGGGUCUACAUGGUUUUUCCGUUUGUCCCCGGUCUGUCUGUCACUCCUCUCCAGCAUUGGCACCAACACUGCCAGGCAAACAGCCCUCCUUGCUGGGUGUAUGUCUCUGCCUGCCCUCCUGCCUGCUCCAAGCCGAGGCCAGCGGUGGGGUGCGACCUGCCCGCGGCAGCAGACAUGCCCUUGUUGGCGUCCCCAUCCCUGGUGAAAGCAGCCUGGGAUGGCUUUUUUCUGGGGAGGUGCAAGACAUGGGGAGAACUUAGGGUGCCUGGCCAAAAAGCACUGAAGGGUCUUCCAGCCCUGUCACUCCCCGGGGACCACAGUGGAUGUGUGGGGAGGGAUCCUGUCAUCUGGCUUGUCCCCAAGCCCGGGAGCUGCCUCCCCCUGCCCUGCCUGCAGGUGCUGUGGGUUUUGGAGGGCUCUGCCCUGCCCAUCCUAGAUCCAAGCAAUAGCCAAGGUCCCCGCUGGCACAGCUGUUGCAAUAAGGGGAGAGAGGGGUGGGCUGUGCUGGGAGGGAUGCCAGCCAGGGUCCCUGUGCAGGCUUGGCCAGGCAUGGCAGAGCCUGUGGUUCCUCCCCAUGUCAGGUGUAGCUAAUGCAUUCCUUUGCAGCAGUGUUUUUGCUAGACUAAUAAACCAAUCAUAGGACCCAG